UUGAUAUAUUUUUCAAUCAGAAAUUAUUUCAGAGAUCAGUCUCCACAUCGACGUCGAGAGAAACUUUUUCACACUCUCAUCUUCUCCAUCGCUACGUUCUUCGUGUCGGUGUUGGGUCAAACCUAUAUAGAAAUCGCGGUAUUUUGGGUGGACGAUCGGGAAGAAGUAGCGAAUCUAUCGAAAUGGUAUCACAUCGCACGUAUAGCCGCAUUUGUCGAUCCAGUUCUGAAUCCACUGAUCGUGGUCGCUCGAACUCCUGCUCUCAGACGACAGCUUCGAGCUCAGUGGACAUCACUUAAAUCGCGUGCCUCUUCACGAACCACGAAGUCUCGCCGAAGUGGUAGUGAGAGGGCUUCUGUACGCCGUACUGAAUCUCAACGUAAUCGAUGUGAUGUUGAAGUGAAGCUGAUUAAGCCGGAUCGGCCGGUGAGAAUGCUUUACCGUAAGAAGUACGUACAAACUUGUUGUUACUGCCUAAGAGAUGGAUCUGGGAUGAACCACCCCUUAGUCACCGGGUUUCAUUCGGUUUCCUUGAGAUAG